CGGCUCCUUUCUGCUCCUCUUGACUCAUUCAUGCACUGGACGUGACGCUCCUGAUACUUCUGUUGCCUGUUUUGAUGUCGUAAUUGUCGCCAGUAGAUGCGGUCGUGUGGCUAUCAACCAUUCCGCCGGCUGCAGCACUCCCCGGCCCACAGCAUGACACUCUGCAGCGGUGCCCCGCCCACUCUUCUGCAGCUCAAGAACGGGCUCAUCAGUCCUCAUCGCAAAAGUCACAGCCACCAGAACGGCUUUGCAGCCAACGGCUUGGGUGUCUGCAACGAGCAGCAAAAGCGAUAUGUGCAGCGGAGUGGGGUCGGCAAGGGGAGGGGGAGGCCCACGAGUGGACAGCCUCACUAUGGGGACAGUGCGAGAGCCGAGUUCCCAGAGGCCGACUCUGUGCAUGUGAUCUACGACAGCGAGAGUGUGCUGGUCGUCUCCAAGGUGAGAGAAGACAAGCAGGAGGGAGGGAGGCAGGGAGAGAGGGAGGCAGGCACACCGACCGACACAUAUCCAUUCAGAGUUUGCUUGUCUGUGCUUAUGUAUGCAGCCGUGUGGCGUUCACCCGUCCCUCAAUUUGGCCCCCUCCAGUCGGCGCUCCCCCGACACCAGCGACUCAUCCCCCUCGCCCCUGCCCUCCACCGCCGACCCCAGCAGCCCCACAGAGCACGCCAGCUCGGACACAUCCACGCGGGAGGAGAGCAGAAGGGCCUCGCCGCUCCGCCGCUCGAGAGCCAAGGUCCCCUCAUCGAUGCUGCCCUGCGUGGGGCAGCUGCUGUGCCGAUGGCACGGCAAGCUGGGGCUCGAUGGCGAAGUCAAGGGUGGGGACCGGCUGCUGAAUGUGGGCGAGCCGCUGGAGAGCGGGGUGUCGGGCAUUUACGUUAUAGCCAAGGGGAGGAGGUGAGAAAGAGGCGAUGGGUGGGCGAUUGGGCGAUUUGCGUGAUGCCAAUAUGGUGCUGUCUGUGGCUGUUUGCGCUCGUCAGGUCACAGAUGGAGGUCGAGUACUUCUGGGCAACCCGUAGAAUCAGUCGGGUGAGCUGGGCGUCUCGUGUCUUGUGCAUCCAUGGUCCGUGCAAGUGUAACACAUGUGCCCGGUUGAUUCAGAUCUAUCUGGCUCUGCUACAUGGACAUGCGCCUCUGACGUUUGUGCAUUGCCGCACGCCCAUCUGCAAGCCCACAGAGGGAUGCGAGGAGGGGAGGGUCGCCAACACGCAGAUUGAGGGAAAGGUGAGUGACAAUGGCCUCGCUGUGUGUGUGAACGUGUACGUCUGUGAUGCCUUCCUUAUUCACUGUGCGUGCAGUUGGCGUCGAGCCUGAUCCUUCCCUUGAUCCACGGCGAGUAUCUGGGCAGCCCCGUCACUCUCGCGGAGCUGAGGCCAAUCACUGGUACCCAAACGAACAAAAGAAGGAAACUUCUCUGUGGAUGAGUGCGUGUUGUUUGUGUUAUCCUCUCUGUCAGACCGUCGGCAUCAGCUGCGGCUCCACACGAUGGUCAUCGGACACCCAAUCGGUGAGACGAAACACCCACAGCAGCAUGUCCGCUGGUUGCUCUUCCCACUUGUGUGUGGUCCGGUGUUCAGUUGGCGAUCGUCUGUAUCUGAAGGACAGGCGUAUCGAAGGUAGGUACAGCAAUCCCCCUGGCUGCCCACGGCUGAUGCUCCACUCGUGGCGGCUGCGUCUCCACCUGCCGCCCUCCCCGUCCCCCUCCCUCUCACACACCGACCUCCUGUCGGAUCACCCCAUCGACCUCAUCUCACCUGACCCCCUCUCGCCCUUCAUCGGCAUGCCCAUCCGCCAGUCGGCCGACUGCCAGUUGCUUGCAUACCAUGACCCGGAUGGGUGGUUCCCAUUCUAUGAGCAGCCUGAGGGUCUGCUGAUGGACGGCGACACGGGGGAACGGGGCGGGGAGGUCGGUGAGGGCGGGUGGUGGAGGCGGUACGUGCCGCGACAGGAGGGGGUGCACGAAAGGGAUCUAAGGUAUUCCGAUCAUCACACUAUGUUCGAUCAUAUCGAGAAGAGAUCAUACAGAUAGAUCGGAUAGGCUUUUUUUUCGCACGUCCUUCGCUCCACAUACACUUGCAAUGGAUGUAGCUCUACGGGGGGCGACACACUCUUGCAUGGCAUGUCUGUUGGAUGUGCUGCAUGGCGUAGAAGAGCAAGGUUUGUCCUUGCCAGCGGCAAAUGGACAGUCAUGUACGUGUGAGCAUCGGGUUGUCACUUUUUGCCAUUCCGCGGCAUGGAUGUUUUACAGCCUUACAUGUGUGUGUGCGUGUGUGUGCAUUGACACACACAUCCUAGCGCUCAUGGAGAGACCGGAUGGCGGGAGGUAAGGGGUGUGUCAAAAUGACAGGGCUCUGCUGCUCAAGUUUUGUGCAUGCAUGCAAAGCGAUCGAUCGCCCCCGGUGAGAAGCAAAGCGGCUCCUCCGUGCAUUUUGGCCAUUGUUGCAACACUCAACAGCACCUUCCUUGCUCCACAACUCCACCCGACUCUGUCUGCUGUGUAAUGAGCAUGGCGUCGAGGCCCGAGGAAGGGUUCUCUCGCCGUCUCCGGGCAUCCAUUCGCAUGGGAAGCGGCCGCAUUGUGUCGAACAUCCGUGCUGACGAGGGUGCUGUGCGCGUGCCGCCUGCUGUGGUCGCUGCGGAUCCCGUGGCCGCAGUGCAGCGGACUCCCGACACCAACACUGAGAGGUCGCGGCGCGAAAGAAAUUCUGCAUGGCAUGAGCUCGAGCGUCACAGCCUUUCUCAUUUGUCUCUGCAGGGCUUCGCAAGGGGACAGGACCGCGCGUCAGCAGGUAGACAACCAGCCGGAAGAGGAGCCGAAGACGAAGAAAGAGGAAUAGACGCGAUGAUGAGUACAACAGGUCAGCACAACCGGCAGACAAUUCUAUGCGUGCCUAUCUUGUGUCUGUAUAUGGGAUGUGAUACGCAGGGAGUGACUGACUGGCGUGUUUUGUAGUGAGUGAGUGGCACCCUUCGUGCAUGGUGAGUGCUGGCGGCUGACGGUCCGGCGUUUAUCUUUUGAGAUAGACGAGUACAGGAGACGAAUGUCGGAGAGAGAGAGAGAUACGAGACAGAGAGGGUGACAGGCUGAGGGCACCAGAGACCAAACCAUGAAUGCAUGCCAUGCCGGUCGUUUCGUGUCGCACAUUAUACAUAAUUGAGUGACAGCAAAGAAAAGGAAAGAGAAGAAAAGAGCGAGACACUAAUGGGUCAGAACAGAAGCUCACGAAAUUCAAUCAACAGGUG